AUGAAUCAUCGUAAAAUUGUUGGAUAUGACACAGUGACUGUUAUUUCAGGAUUUAGUUCCAUCUCCUCGGAUGGUCAAGACGGAGUGAAUGGACAUGGAACUCAUGUGGUUGGUUCUGUUUGUGGAAGUAUUCAAAAUUUGACUUUCAAUUCGAAUGCCAAUCCAAUCAAUGAAUAUCAUGGAAUGGCUCCAAAUGCAAGAGUUUAUUUUACAGAUAUACAAAAAACUGGAAAUCCACAAUUAUUGAUUCCUGCUUCAUAUGAAAAUGACAUUUUCAAACCUGCUUAUAAUAGUGGAGCAAGAAUUUUUUCAAAUUCAUGGGUAAACUUUGGUCCUGACGAUUUCUUUUCAUGUCGAUACAAUUGUAAGGAUUGUGUGUGGAAGAAUCCAUUGAAUGGUUAUAGAGCUGGUCAGGAAGUGACAGAUGAAACUUGUCGAGCCUUGUUUGGAAGCGAUUCAUGUUGCUCUGUUUCUAAUCAAUAUAAUUCUCACUGUCAAGAUGUGGAUCAAACAUUGUGGAGUUACCAAGACAGUGUCAUUCUUUUUGGGCAGGGAAAUUCAGGAGCCAUUUCUUCGAAAGGAAAUAUUGCAUCCCCUUCAACGGCAAAGAAUUCAGUCUCUGUGGGUGCCAGUAUGACCUCAAAUUCUGCAUUCGUGGAAUCAGUCGAUUAUGAAGAUUUUAAAAAGAAAAUUCAAAAUGGUAAUUUUACAUUCUCAACCACUGAUGAAUGUUGUGCCUAUACUGGAAAAGAUGAAUUAUAUGUCCAUCUUGUCUGCUGUCCAAUUACAUUGAAGACCAUAUACACUAACAUUCCAUCCAUCUUCAACGAGUUUAAUUUGGCCUCUUUCUCUUCGAGAGGUCCAGCAGUUGGAAAUCGUAUCAAACCUGACGUGACAGGAAUUGGUUACAAUGUUGUGAGUGCUCAUUCCGAUGGUAAUACCAACACCAAUCAAUGUGGAACCAUGCCUCCAUCUCAAGCCAAUACAGCUGCUCUCAUGACCAAUCAAGGAACCUCCAUGGCCACUCCAUUGACUGCUGGAGCCACUGCAUUGUUGAGAGAGUUCUUUCAAACCAAAAUGAACAUUUCGAAUCCUUCAGGUCCUUUAUUGAAAGCUGCACUCGUUCAUAGUUCCAUUCCAAUGAGUGGAAGUGUGGCCUAUUCCAUGCCAAAAGGUGAUUUUCAGCCAAGCCGCACGGAAAAUAGUGACCUCUUUUAG